AUGGGUGACACUAUUGAUGUUAGAUCAAAACCUUCUAAUGUUGAAGCGAUAAACAGACAUAUUAGCGUCUUGUCUAAGAAAGAUCUACAUAGAUUUUAUGACUUUUCAGAAAAUAGAAUUAUGGAACAUUUAACAAAUAAUGGUUAUAAAGACAUUGAUCCAUUUAAUUAUGAUAAUGUUGAAGAUUAUAAAAUUGCAAUUGAUAAUAUAUUAAAGACAUUACAUGGAUUAAAAAAGUUACUACCACUGAAUAAUGAUUAUAAACUUUCCAAAAAAGAUUUUACAAAUAUUAAUGUAUCUCAAUUAAGGUUCUCACAUGAUCCUGAAGAAUGUAUUGAAGAAAUAGACAUAGUUGAUAAAAUAUUAUUGGAUGCAUUUGGACGUCCUGAUAAAAUAAGUCUAGAUUUAAUACUUGAUUACUUAGACGCAGACGAAGAAACAAGACAAAAAAACAGACUAAGAUUUCAUGAUGUUAUUGAUUUUGUAUAUUCAGAAUAUUAUAAAAAUCCCCAUGCAUCAAUUAUAAAAUAUUUUCAAGACUAUCAUGAUAAGGUACAUGCACCUGAUACGUCACUCUCACAAUUUUUAAGAUUAGAUCAUGAAUAUAGAGAAAAAUAUAAAAAUUCCGAGCAUGAACUUGAAAAAUUUAUAUCAAAAUUUAAUGGUCAAAUUUUUGUCUAUUAUCUUAGAAUUAUGGUCAUUGAAGGAUUAAGUGAAUGUUUUGCAAAAACUUUAUCAAUGUUUUAUGAAGAAGAUUUUAAACCAUUAAAUGAUUUGGAAAAGGAAAAUUGGAAAUUUCCAGAAUUUAAUGUAAUUACUUAUAAAUUUUUUUAUUGUACUCCUGGUUUUAAAGAAGAAUGGAGACAUGUUAAAUUACCUGCACUUAAACAGACUGCUUCAACAAAUGAAGAAAAUAAUGAAAAUGAUGAUAAUAAUAAUAAUUUUAAAAGAAUUGGUAAUAAUAGAGUAAAUAAACCUAAAAUCAAUAUAGCUAAAAGAAAAUUUUUAGAAAGACAAGAAAGAAGAAGACAAAGAGCAAUUAAUAAUUAG